AUGGCUAACAACAACGAAGGCACGAGAAAGACCGGACGUAAGACUAAUAACUCGCAGUCAGCUGGUAUGGCAGGCGGCACGAGUACUACACCAGGCAUCACAUCGUCAACUUCUCAAGUGGUGCCGCCGACAAACACUCUUCCAGAAGCGGAAAAUGACGAAGCAAGGCCGAUAUCGGAAAGCGCGCCAAGUGGUGGACAACACGUUGAAUCUUUUGAAGGCCCUGCAGACCAGGAGGAAGACGACAUAAGGUCAGAUUAUAGUCUAGGUCUGGUAGAAUUUGGAGAGUUGACUGAAUUAGGUGGUCCUUAUCGAGCAAGUGAUCUUCCUUCUGAUCGUAGCGCAUAUUCCGAAAUCACUAUCGAGUUCCCCAGCUGUAAGGCCUUUUCUUCUUACGGAGAUAUGGAAAAAGGACUAAAGAAAUCCGAAAAGGUAUUCUCUACAGCAGGACGUCAUCUUCAAGCAUUAAAGUUUGGGGAAACUAGCCUACGACGAUCUAUAUCCAAUUACCCCGGAAAGAACAUGUCCAGGAAUCGUAAAAAGGUUUUUACCGAGGAACUGGGAAUUUUAAACGAAUUACUCACCAACUUGUAUUGUUUCAAGGAUGAGGAACGCAUUGGUUUCGCUCUACAGAGAAUUAUUCUCGUAAGUUUGAAUCAGCGGCUGAGACUUCGUCGGGAACAAGCGGAGGAGGAUUUAAUCAUGGCAGGAUAUGGAAUUCCAAGUAUUCCGCGAUGGGGCUUGACAGGGAAAGCCGACGAAUUUUGGAAUGCUAACGACUUUGAAAUAUUAGGCGCUUGUUAUCGACGGGAAGUGGAGAAUUUUCUAACUUACCUCAGCGAUCAUCAUGAAUUCCCAGACACUCGAAGGGCUGAAACGAGUUCUAAGCCGAGGACUACACCUUUAGGUUCGCCAGCUGUUUCGCUUGGAGAACGCUCACCAGUACUUUCAGCCAGCCCAGUACUAGCGGCGCCGGUUUUCGCGCCAGGGGAGGCUGAUAGCAUAUUGAGGUUCCAAAGACCGUCAACUUUGAGCUACACUUUCCGCACGCCCAGAAACGUUAAUUCUUCGGUCUUCGGGCAUCCUACACAGAACACCGCUUCUAAAGCAUUUCAGGAAUUACUCGGAUUUAAGGAAUCAAAGAGGGGCGGUCAGACAAGACAAGUAACGGUUCGUAGUCCAUCUCCGACAACACCGGUAAGACAAACUAAAGGGAGUCAUUCAGGAGGAGCGCCAGGCCCUGGAGACUCAGAUGGAGACGACAGCAACGACGAAGGAGAGAAUCGACCUUCGCGUAACCCACGAAUUCCGCAGCAACCACAUCGAAAUCCGUUCGAACGACAACCACCUCCAGGGGAAUCUACCUCCGUCACUCAGAAAACGCCAACCGAACCGCAAUUUGACGUAAAGUUGAAAAUGGAGGCUAUACCUACCUGGGAUGGAAGUCCCGACUCCCUCAGACGAUGGUUUUUAAAGUUGAACAGUUUGGCGAAAAGGUCGGACAUAGUUUUUAAGCAACUAGACUCAGGAAACGGACGAGAGUUACCCAUCAAAUUCCAUGAAGACUCUCUCGUUAAGUCAGGUAACAAGCCUUUACCUCCUGUCAGGAACUCUUAUUACAACAAGGAUACACAGCCUAAGAGUCCGUUCAACCCGUUUAGGACGCAACGGGCAAAUGUUAAUCUAGUAGGAUGGACUCGCAACACCUCUAAACCGCAAUUUCCCAAAGACGACUCAAAUGUUUCGCCGCGAGGAACUCCAGAAGAGAAGGGAGCCCGGCCUUGUCGCCAUUGUGGAAGUCCUAAACAUUGGGAUAGAGACUGCAAAUACGCUCGCAAAGGGGAAAGGUUCGCUCGAGUUAAUUCGGUGACUCUUCAGGAAGACGAGAAGGAAGCUCAGGACAGACGAAAAUUCGGACCAUCUGGACAAGUCGGAUUUUCAAGGACCCUCUCAGUGAAGGAUCCGUCUUCGCUGGGGGGGGAAUACCAUACUAGUAAGAUCUAUCACGUAGGAGCCGACUGGAAAACUAAUUUGAAGAAUCCUUACUCGACAGCCCCCUGUCUAUCUUCAGACUUCAUUAUUCGACGGAGACCGCCCGAGAUUAACCGAAAAACGAGACGUAAGCUGGCACGCGAAAUUCAGAUGACCACGUUAGCUACUCAAGUACAGGAAAGUAAUGGUGACUUAAUAGAGUUGCGUAAGCAUUUAGCUCGUCCGCCCGGAUGUGCGUUCUUGGGAGCUAAAGUAACCGAGGCGUACGCAUCACUAAACGGAUUAGACACCAGGCCUAUUCCCGUUAUCAUCGAUUCCGGAUCAGACAUAACCCUGAUUUCGCAAAAGACGCUUGAUCAGAUGUUAAAAGCGCCCAAGAUUCGCGUGGGUCAACAGAUCAAACUGAUCCAAGUUACCGGUAAAGCCAUCAUCACAGGCUACGUCAUACUGGAUUUGAUCUUCAAGACGCCCAAGGGACCUGUGCAGAUUAAUGUCGAAGCAUAUGUUGUGAAAGGAAUGUCAGCCGAAUUCAUUUUAGGAAACGACUUUGCUGACCAAUACUCUAUAUCAGUACUUCGCGAGGAAGGAGAGACCACUUUGAAAUUCGGAUCGUCAGGAAGAUCGGUUAAAGUCCAUAACUCUCUGAGCACGCCCUUCCUGGAUGAAGAUGGACAUGCAUUCAAGAAGAAGCGCACCAGACAUCGACAAGCCGAACGGCAAGUACGGUCAAGACACCAGGUAACCAUCCCUCCCGAAGCAUCGAAGCUAGUACACGUGGAUGCCGGCCUCAAUGACUCGACGUCUACCAUCUUUGUCGAAAGGUCAUUCCUGUCAAACGGAAAUGCAGAGGAACUGUAUGGAAUUGCCGAUACACUAGUCGACCGCGACGACAGUAGGGUGUUUGUUUCAAAUUUCUCAAAGAAUCCAAUAACAAUUCCAGCAGGACAAGUUCUAGGAACAGCUAAGAAUCCGUCAUCGUGGUUGGACAAGAAGGACUGUUACUCGAGUACGCAAAAACAGGAUGCGGAAAGGAGAGUACAUCUGAUCCAGACGUUACUUCAGAAUCAGACCACAACUUUCAAAGUGACUACGCCAACUAACACUUCAAUGCAUACUGGUAGGAGUCAGGGAGUGCAAUUGACCACUUGGUCUGGAUGUGGGUUAAUGCACAGCUUGCUGUAG